AUGAACUUGGUUGAGAGCAGAUUUUCGAAGUGUAAAGGAAGGAGUGAAUAUAUUAGUUGUUAUAUUACCGAGAAUUCUACUACUUUGAGGUACGAAGAUGUCAUUGGUACUAGAUGCCAAACUUUGUUUUCGUCAGUUGUUGUUUAUGAUUCAGUGGCUAGAGGUGAUUUGGAUUUAUCAUUGGUCGAGUUUCAAGCAAUUCAAGUUGGUUGGUGGCUUACCGGCAGGUGCCGGUGUCAUCAAUAUGCGUAUUGUAGUCAUGUCGGAACAAUUGGGUUCCGGUGUCGGUGUCGUCCGGGUUUCACCGGUGAUGGGUUCAUCGACGGAGAAGGUUGUCGUAAAAUUCGUUACGUAACAAAAUUUGAAAAUAACAAGAUUGGUAGAGCGUAUCCUGGUGAUGAUGAGCUUCAUAGCCUUAUUCGUUUGUCAAGUUCACAAGGCAAGCAAUGUAAGUGCAAGGGUCGACGACUUCUUCUUGUGGAGGUGCUUAUUGCCUUUGUUGGGGGCUUUGGGUUAAUGUCUUUGAUAUUGUUAAUAGUAUACUUCACAGUUCGUAGUGGGAGAAAAUACGAUAAGUUGUCUCAAAUUUAUAGGAGGAAAAAAAAUAAGUUGUCUCAAGUAUCAUCUUUGAAAUUAAAAUCGCCCUUCUUGAAAGUAUCUUACAACAUGCUUUUGAAAGCAACAAAAGGGUUUUCGAAUGAAAAUUUAGUGGGUGUAGGCCAUUUUGGUUCUGUUUAUAAAGGAGUUCUUGAUCUGGACAAAAAGAACAUGGUUGUCGCGGUUAAAAUCUUUAGCCUUGAUCUGAAAGGAGCGACCAAGAGCUUCAUGGCAGAAUGUGAGGCAUUAAGAAUGAGUCGUCAUAGGAACCUUCUUAAGGUUGUUACUGCUUGCUCGAGUAUGGACUUUAAAGGUAACGAUUUCAAGGCGUUGGUUUAUGAGUUCAUGCCAAAUGGUAAUCUUCAACAGUGGAUUCACAUUGGUAAAUACGAGAGAACCUUAAACCUCAUUCAAAGAGUAAAUAUCGCAAUUGAUGUAGCAUGUGCACUUGAUUAUUUGCACAACUAUUGUGACAUUCCUAUAAUUCAUUGCGACCUGAAACCAAGCAACAUUUUGCUCGACAAUGAUAUGGUUGCUCAUGUUGGGGACUUUGGCUUAGCAAGAUUUCAUUUACAUGCGCGUGUAAGUUAUAGUAGUUCACUUGCAGUUAGAGGGACUGUUGGAUAUGUUGCUCCAGAAUAUGGCCUAGGAAGCAUAGUAUCCGAGGAAGGUGACAUUUACAGUUACGGCAUUGUGUUGCUAGAGAUGAUGACUGCAAAAACUCCCACGGAUAGGAUGUUUGGCGGAGACUUAGACCUUCAUAAGUAUGCAAAAUCAGCAUUAUUGACGGAUCAGUUGUCCAAGAUAAUUGAUCCACGACUUCUAGACGCAAGAAAUGGGAAUCAAGAUGAAACUUUGGCAAGUACUGACUGUUAUAUCAAGUGUAUAAAAUCUGUCGUUAAGGUUGGAUUAAAAUGUUCAGUACAGUCAUCUCUAUAUCGGAUAACAAUCAAAGAUGCCAUCAACGAACUACUGGGGACAAAGGAUAAAUUACUUAAAGAGUUACGCAUCAUCAAUAGAUACAUGUAUUGUAUAGACGGUUAAGCAUGCUAUUAAAUUACAAAGUAUUCAUUGUGUCUUGAUAACAACUUUUUUUUUGUUUAAUUUUUAAAUUAGGUAUAGUUUAGUGUAGGAUAUAUAUAUAUAUUUUUUAAAAUCUAAAAUAAAAGGGUGGUACUAGUCGGGCUUGAUGAUGCCUUGAUCUCUUAAUCUAACAGAGUUUGUGCACAGUUGUUGCCUUGUUAGCAUAAAAAGGAUGGAUACCGUGCAGUGGCGGAGCCACCCUUGUGCACGGUAGGUCACGAGACCUAGCACAAAAACAGAGAAGGUUUAAAUAUUAAAUAUUGCAACUAGUAAUGAUAUGUACUUUGUAGUCCAAUGGUGGAGGCUUCAUAUUUUUAGACUAAAGUUACUUGUUCGGCUCCUAGGGGAAGCUACUUUCCUUCCUUUUUUCUUGCAUUAAGAAGAUAUAAUAUAUAAACUUUAACAAUGCAAUUAUACAAGUAAAUGCUUGGUGUUGUAAUGGUGGGAGACAUUGUAAAAUUUGCCAAAGGUUAUGGGUAUAUGACUCCUAAGGACAAUGUUUUUUUUUUUUUUUUCCUUUUUACAUAUAUCUACCACUACCUACUUAGUUCUCAAACUGGUACAUUAUUAAAGUCAUUGUUCGAAAUUUUUUUGGUAGUUUCAUUAGUGACUUGUCAUUAUCCUUUUCCUUCCCCGGGGUUAGGUAUUGUUCCCCCAAUGAUCGUUAUGACUAAUCUGAGGCAUAGGCAAAAAAUUGAUUCAGAGUAAGUUUUUUGGUUUAACUGUCAAUUUAUUACUUCGUGCAAUGUAUUCAAAGGCAAAAUGUAUAAAAUUAAAGAUCAUUAAAUAAUACAUAGUAUAUAUUAUUUUCUGAUUGUGGGAAAAAUAAACUUUGAUAAACUAAUUGAUUUUCCAGGUCCGGCAGUAUC